GGACAACAGAAACGCAGCGAUUACAUGUCAAGUGCUCCAUCACGAUUGGUUGUUGCAGUAAGACCUCCUUGUCAGCAGGGGCUGUAUGCGUGGUAAAUUACACCGAUGGUGGUUGUCGACAUAACCGGAAGCGACGUGGCACAUAAACACUGGGAAGGAAGGAAGCGUCUCCUACCAGUAGGACCUGUUUCUGUCAGUCCUCUCAUGUGAAUUUGACAAGAGAGCCUCCAUGAAAGCCAGGCAUCUUCAAUCCACACCGACGGAACUCUUAUAAGUUUUCAAGUUGUGGCUAUGGGUCUGUGCAAGUGCCCCAAGAGAAAGGUCACCAACUUAUUCUGCUUUGAACAUCGUGUGAAUGUGUGUGAGCACUGUCUUGUCUCCAAUCACAACAAGUGUAUUGUGCAGUCUUAUCUGCAGUGGCUUCAGGACAGCGACUACAAUCCAAACUGUUUACUCUGCAACACCCCUCUGAUUGAUCAGGACACUAUCAGACUGGUCUGCUACGAUGUGUUCCACUGGUCCUGUCUCAAUAACCUGGCAUCUCGACUGCCUCUGCACACGGCUCCAGCAGGCUACCAAUGCCCCAGCUGUCAGGGUCCCGUGUUCCCCCCUUCAAAUCUGGCAAGCCCGGUCGCUGACGUUCUAAAAGAGCAAUUGUCUUCUGUCAACUGGGCUCGAGCUGGCUUAGGACUACCCCUGAUUGAAGAGUCGGUGUCCAUUCUCCAAGAGACCUCGGCUGAUGUUACGGACUACACAGACUGGUCGGCCUUUGAUGCCCAGGAUCCUGUUCAUUCUUAUGACACUAGCCAUAGCCAUGCAACAAAUUUCGCUCCUCCUUUAAAACAAGACGAACACCCAAGUGCACGCAAAAAUGGGGAUGUUGACUCACAGGCACAUUCUGUCAUCAACCUUCCUGCCACGACCAGUGACACGGUCACUUUACAUGCAGCUUCAUCUCCCCGAAAGAUCUACGACACACGGGACGUUGGGCCUUCAUCUGUCACACAGAUGGACUUUGACGAUGACAAAUACCGACGACGACCUGCUAUGAAUUGGUUUGCUCAGCUUCUCAAGAAUCGCACCGGAGGAAAGCGCACAACCUUUUCCUGGAAGCAGCGGGUCUUCAUGCUCCUUCUUGUCGGCGUUCUGGGAUUCUUCACUUUGAUCAUCAUCAUGGCUAAACUUGGACGUGCAUCAGCUGGUUCUGAUCCCAACUUGGAUCCCUUGCUGAACCCCAACAUCCGUAUUGGAAAAAGCUGAAUUGGACUGGAAUUAAAUUAAGAUGUUUUUAUUGUUGUUGAUGGUAUUAUUCCUUUUGUGUUGCACAAUAUUAAGAACAGGACUGUAGAGAGACUGCUGCACCAGACUGGAUUUAAGUUUGUGUUUGGUUUUAUCCUAUUCAGUGACAUAUCACAGAAUAUUUCUGAAUAUGUCCUCAUACACGAUAUCCAUAGUACCAUGCAGUUUUUAUUCAGAAGGGGAAGAAAUGAUUUUACUAACAGGUAAUUAUUGUUUGCUUAUUGGAGUUAAGACAAUUUUCCUGAUGGCUUUGCUGUAAAAUUUGAUAUUCAUUCCAACUGAGUUGCUUUAAGACUGACCAUUAAUACUGAACGUGGAUCAUUCUGCCUUCUGUCUCUAUUAAAAAGAAGUACUCAAAAUGUUGGGUGUUUUGUCAGUGAG